AUGACAACAGAAAGCAGCUAAAAAACUAUUUCUCCCGUGAGCUAAACUGUGAGAGGGCUUCAUUGCCCACUCCGAACUACCCUAAAGUCCCCCUGAAAUAACCAGAGAGAAAGAGAAAGAAAGAAAGAAAAAGAAAAAACUCGUGGUGGAGAAAGACAUUUUGAAAUCUUCUUCUGUGGAGGAGGAGGAGGAUUUUUUUCUUCUUUUUUUUUUGAAAAGGUGAAAAAGCAGAAAAAAAAAGGACCGGGCUGUGGCGUCGAACAAGUUCGUCUGUGGAAGAAUCCAAAAACGCACAAGAGGAGUAGAGAAGAAGUUUAUUCGGCUGCACAAGAAGACGCGUCUUUGUGCGUUUUAUGUGUCAGACACGCUCACAGACAAGACAAGAAUCAUCCUCGGAUCCUCGGGUUAUUGCUCCUGAUAUCACGCUGUAAUAUUACUAUUCUCCAGUCCUGAAGGAGCCUCCCAGAGGACGCUGAGUUUUUCUGGCAGUGUGGAACUGCUGCUACAGACUGAAUGCAGAGAAAACACUGAAAGCUGUUCUCAAGAACUCCCUGCAGCUUCAGGGGAGAUUGUCAGAUGUGUACCCAGCACUCAGAGCCCCUGGCCUGGCCGCGGGGAUGGCAGCCUCUGCCCUGAACCUGAACGGCCUUGGAGUCAUGAGCAGCAGUAAUCAGUUUCACACCCAGCCAGGAUCCUCUAGUACCAGUUCCCGAGUUAGACCCAGCCCGGUCGGCCGACCUGUGCUGCCAGUUCCCGAUCGGACAACUUACAGCCAAUUACUGGGUGGGGGAACGCUGAGUGGAGGUCUCUACAGUCCAACCAGCCCCAAGACGAGCCCCCGGUCGCCGGGUCGAACCUUUGUCUUCCCCCCUUCAUCCUCACUCUCCCCCAGCCCCACCCGUCGCGCUCGCUCCCCUUCCCCAAGAAGCCCGGAGCUCCUGGGAGUCAAUGUGGGCCAGCGGGUUCGACGACUGAGCUCACCCAGCGGUGAGGAGAGCGGGGAAGGAGAGGGGUUGGAGGAGAGGGGAGGAGAGACGGGAGGAGGAGGAGGAGAGAGGCGAGAGGACAGGAGACGUCAGGCACAGCUGCUGCAGAUUCACAGAGAGCUGCAGAACGUUGAGGUCAGGGGAAAAGUGGGCAUUUUCGAGGCCCACAUAUCCGGGAUUCGUGCCCAGGUGCUAAACAACGAGCUCCAACGCAGCCCUCGGUCUCCAAGACGAUCGCCUAGCCAAGCCCCUUCCCAUCCCAGUCAACAAAACACAGGCCCUGAAUGCCCAAUGAACCAACCACAAGAGACUAAAAUUCCUCUUGUUGUCCAGAAUGGAAGAGAAAGACAGGAUGAAACAGUGGAAGGAGAAAGGAGAGAAGGUGAGAAGGACAGCAGUGCUAAUAUAGAAAACACGGAAAACAAGACACUGAUUGGUCAAAAUGGCUGCCAUUCAGAAACAACAAUGCAAACUCCCUGUUUAGAUGGACUGGUUGAUGUUCAGGGUUCCCUUGAGACAUUAGACCCAGAUGCAGCAAUAGACAGAGAGCGACAAGAGGGAGAAAGGCUGAGAGAAAUGGAGGGAGAAAAAGACAGAGGGGAGAAAGAAAGCAAACAAAUGCUGGGAGACAAAAGAGAACGGACUGUGAGAGACGUGACAGGUGAGAAAGAGGACCAGUUGUGUCCUGAUAUGCUGCUCCAGACAGACACAGACAGAUUGAAGGUUAACCCAGAAACCCCUGCUUUACCUCAAAGCAGUGAGGGCUCCCCUUCUUUGCUGGACAUCACCGAUCACACCUCCAACCACUCUGCCUCCAUCCCUCCCUCCAUCCCUGCAGUCAUAAUAACUGACCACGGUUUGGAAAACCAGCCUCAAACCUCUGAUGGUCAAGGCUCAGACCAGGGACUAUACUGCCCCCCUAGCCCUAGUUCUAGCCCCAUCCCUGGCCCAAACUCCUCCACCCGUUCCCUCAGAAAGCUGUCGUCCUCCUCGGCCUCCUCGGCUGGUUUCUCUUCAUCAUGGGAGGAGUCGGAGGAGGAUAUUUCCAGUGAUACGGAGAAAGGGGAGCAACUUCUCAACCCUGCACUCCUCAGUUCUCAACAGAAAGCACACAAGUCCUGGAAGAAAAUCAAGAACAUGGUCCACUGGUCGCCAUUUGUGAUGUCCUUCAAGAAGAAAUAUCCCUGGAUACAACUGGCUGGACAUGCAGGGAGCUUCAAGGCAGGAGCCAAUGGCCGCAUUUUAAAAAAACACUGUGAAUGUGAGCAGCGCUGUUUGUCGCUCCUGAUGAGGGACGUGCUGCGCCCCUAUGUCCCUGGUUACCAUGGAGAUGUAGAGAAGGACGGCCAGAAAUACAACCAGAUGGAGGAUCUGCUGGCUGAGUUCGACUUCCCGUGUGUGAUGGACUGUAAGAUGGGAGUGAGGACCUACCUCGAGGAAGAGUUGACCAAGGCUCGUAAGAAGCCUUCUCCUAGACCGGAUAUGUAUCAGAAAAUGAUUGAGGUUGACCCUAAUGCACCGAUGCCAGAGGAGAAUGACAAGAAAGCAGUGACCAAGCCCAGAUACAUGCAGUGGAGAGAGACCAUAAGCUCAACAGCCACCCUGGGAUUUAGGAUAGAGGGAGUCAAGAAAGAGGACGGGACGGUGAACAGAGAUUUUAAGAAGACGAAGACGAGAGAGCAAGUCACUGCAGCCUUCCAUGACUUUGUCAAAGGAAAGAAGGAUAUACUGAACUGUUAUCUAGCCAGGUUGAAGGAAAUCAGUGACACUCUGGAGAUCUCCCCGUUCUUCAAAACCCACGAGGUGAUUGGCAGCUCCUUGUUAUUCGUUCAUGACAGUAAAGGACGAGCCAAGGUCUGGAUGAUUGACUUUGGGAAAACGACUCCUCUUCCCGAGGGAGACGAACUGACCCACAGAGCGUCGUGGUGUGAAGGGAACAGAGAGGAUGGCUACCUUUUUGGACUUGAUAGUUUGGUGGACAUCAUUUCAUCCAUGGUGAACUCUGAGACUUGAAGUCUGAGGAGUUUCUUAAUCACAGUGAACAUUUGGACACACAACCACUUCCAUACUGUCUUCAUUUCUCUGGUGAACACUUUGGACUUCCUAAAGGACUUCUUCUCAGAUGCAUGUUGGAAAGCGCAUCGUCCCAUAACAAUGCUUGGAUGCCAUCUCUUGUUUCAUGUUCAGUGGAGGUUUAAAAGCAAGUUCUUCACCAUUCAUAACCUUCAUAAUGUCCUCAACCUUUUAUAGGGCAGUGCAGAAUAGGCUUUUUUCACAGGAGACAUUUUAACUUGUAAUAGGGGACAGCACAGGUGUUACUAAUAAUAUUACGAGGUCUCCGUUACAUUAAGGGUCCGUUGCGACACACAUACUAUUUAGUAUGCCAGAAACACAUUCAGUAACACAUUCAGUAUGUUCCAAUACAUGGUGUGUCAAAUUCAGUAUGCCAAAAGUACCAGGAUGUCCUACUACAUCUGGAUACAUUUUGCAGUAUGCAACCCAGCAUGCUUUUCUGGCUAUUCUGACCCAUAAUCUUCUGCACAGUGGAAGAUGCAUCACAUCAACUGAGCGGCUGAGAGAGAACAGACCAAUAACAGCAUAUUGCAAUGAUAGAGACUGCAAUGGCAGAUGAAGUAGUAUAUCCUGAUUGUAUGUAUACUGCAUGCAAAUUACAUGCAACAGCAAAUAGUUUGUAAGGGCAGCUGCAGUAUGUACUAAAAGUCAAAAGUAGAAGUAUGUGAUUCAGAACACAAUAUAAGUGUGUCAGUAGGCCAGAUAUUAUUAAUUACACCUGUGCUUUUCCUCUAAUAACAUGUCAAAAUGUCUGCUGGAAAAGGUCUAUUUACAUGCUUUAUACCCUUUCUACUGAAAUAAUUCUACAUUGAAUACCACAAAACAUAUAUUGCUCAGUCCAAAUUAAGGGAGAAGGCUGGGGAUAUUCUGUCUUUUUGUUACUGUGAAGAAAUCACGUGAAAAGACCAAAACCAUCAAUGUUUUAAUUCAAGUCAUACAUAUAAACUUUUUUUUUUUUAACUAAAAAAAAAAAAUAUAUAUAGUUUUCUUUAACAGUUGAGCACUUUAACAUUACUCAAACAAGAGUGAGGAGUGCACAGAGGAACACGAUUGGCUACUAGUACAGUAAGACCUUUUUAUGGUAGCAUUUAUUAUUGGUUUUGACAUUUUCAUGGGAUUUGUUGAUGAUAAUAAGAAAAACACAGAUCCCCUGACCACUAUAUGAAAGCCACUAUAUUAGGAAUUAGGAAAGUGGUAGUUUUAUAAAGAUGUGACUAAUUUCUUCUAGAAAAAAGCACUUAAACUGUAAUAAUUAGCCAUUAUAGUUUGAAAGAUGCUAAGAUAUAAUCACAUAGAAAGUAUACAAAUAUAUAGAUUUAAACAUGCAGAAAUUCAAAACGUGACAUUGCCAAUUGUUUGUCUUGUUCCCAGCUCCUUUAGACUCUAAUACAGAUAUAAUAGAACAUUUUUUCUCUGAUUCUCAUUUGAAUCAGAGUGAAAUUGUAUACUCUGUACUCCAUUUUAUUGUUGUUUUCUUCAGUUUGAUCACAACUGCAAAAACAUGUUUGCACUUAAUUACAUUCCCACUAUUGGAAGAUUGUACAAUUCUGUGUGUGUUUUUAAAUCAUCAAAAUUAUUUUAAUUGUGUUUUUUGAUGAAAAACAAAUCUAGUCUUUUAGCAUUUUUUCACAUCUGUUUGAGCGUUCCCACUCAGAGCUGUAGACAAAGUUUAAAGACUGUAGAUUGGUUAUUGAGGUUUUCAGUGGCAGCCAUGUUUGCCCCACAAUAAUCUGGCUUUAACUGGCAGUUAGGUAGAGCUACAUUAUAAAGGAGUUACAUGAGUUAAAGUAUGGAGGGCAUUGUUUCAUAUGUGACAUAUUUGCAGCUAACAUGGCGUCCAUAGUGCUUCCCUAGCCAAACACUUGUCACCCCUCUCACACUUUAUUGGUGUGAUUGUUCACAAUGUACAGAAAGUUAGAGUUAUUAUGUAGUUUUUUUCUCUUUUGUUUUGUAACAUAGUUUUAGUGUACUCAAACCCUGUGGAACACUUACAGCCAUGAACAAUCGUAUUUAAGCUAUACAGUGCCUUGACAUUACAAAGCCAAGUCAGACAACUGAAAAUAUGCUCUUACUUUUAAAUGUUACUAUGGAUUUUUUUUCUGCUAGUCUUAACUGUGUGUUUCUUCCUUUAGAGUCUUACAUGGGUGCAUGUUUAUUAUCCUCUGGUGGUUCACUCUGUUUUAUUUAUAACAUUAUAUUAGGUUUUUUUCUGCUUCAUGGGAUAGACUGUGACAUUUUGAACUUGUGGGCUGUUCUGUUGUUUUGUCUCCAAGCAUGUGUUACAACAUGAGGGAAAGUCAAACUGUUGUGCAGCUGGCUGACACUGUGGACAUCCCAUAUUCAAACUGGAGGAUACGGCUAAAAAAAAAGAAGAAGAUUGAUGCUAUUCAGCUAACGCAUUAAUUUUGGCAGGAAAUUCCAGCUGUUAUCUAAACUUUGGAUGGGCAGAGGGAGGGAGAAGGACAAAAAACUUCUACUUCUCAUUGAUGAUCGAUAAAACUCAACAGUUUGUUUUUCCUCUACCAUAUAUUUAAAAUGCCAUAGUGUUCAGUUGGUGUUUGCACUGAUGGUAGACAGAGAAAGAGACUGAUUGCAAUUCCAUGCAGUGCCUUCUUAAAGAAAUACUUCUGCAUUUUGAGAAAAGCCCUUACUCACUUUGUUUUCGGGCGUUGGAUGAGAAGAUUGACACCGUUCAUGUCUCUAUGCUAAUGAAUCAUUCAGUAGAAAGUAGCCAGAAAGAUUAUUUAGCACAAAAACUGGAAACUGGCAGAGUUUUUUUUUUUUUUUACAGAUUACACAAACAAGAUAUAAUUGUUGUUUGUUACCUUGGGACAGAGUCAGGUUAUCCCUAGUCUUUAUGCUAAGCUAAUGUAUAGUUGUGAAAAUACUAUUGAUCUUCUCAUGUUACUAACUCGCAGCAAACAAGCGAAUAAGGGUAUUUCCCAAAAUGCUGAACGUUCCUGUAAGACCAACCAUCUUAGCUUUUGCUUAUGCUCCCCAAUGUGCACUUACAGCUGUUUGUUAGUAGGUUAUCAUGUUUGUUCUGGUUUUGCUGGCUUGUGUAUUUAUUUGGAUUGUUCCUUUUAAAAAAUGUGUGUAUUUGGUGAACAAAAAACAAACAUACAA